UCUCCUCGUCCGCUUGCUCCUCCUCCUCCUCCGGUCCUUCUCCGGCGAGCUCUGCGCCCCCGCCCCACCGUCGCCGGCGCCGUCGACGGGAUGACGGCGGCAUCGAGGCUGUCCUACAAGAACGCAACCGUCGCCCUGUGCGCCAUCAACGUGCUCGCGGUGGCGCUCCUCCUCCGCAGCCACUUCUCGUCCUGGCCGCGGAUCGCCGGCGGCCACCGGUUCGAUUCAGAUCAGCUACGGUAUAUAUGGGAGUCCGAAGAGCUGCGCCGUGCUAUGGAGCCUGUGGAUUUGAUUAGGAGAGUGAAGGAAAUUGAGCAAGAAGCUUAUGGAGAGCCUGGCAUGUCAACAGCGCAAGAAGGGACGGCUGCUGUUGACUUAUCAAAAAGGUUGAAAGAUUUACGGCAAGGGAACGACGGCAGCAGCCAAAGAGCUUUGGAGGAGUGGCGCAAGCGGAAGAUGGAGCGGGCGAGGCAGCGUGCGAUCGGGAAGGACGGGAUGAUUCCCGGCACGAAGACACGGUGAAGUAAUGGUUUUUUUUGUUUGUUUGUUUGCCUGUUGCUCUGCUGCGGCGCGCAAAUAACGUCGUUGAUCGGUCCGUUGGAGCGACAGUGGCCGCACGAUCUUGUGUCCUGCAUGUAAAAUCACCUGUAACGCCGCUGUGCUGAAGACGAUAUAUGAAUGAAAUGGAGUUUGAAGAA